AUGCAUGGGACCGGAAAUCCUAUUCAUCCAGUCGUGAAGACCUUUUGCUGUCUCAAGUGGUUACGUGAACCAUAUCGCGAUGAGCUUUUGGAGACUUUCAUCGGGCCUACACCGUUGUCUUAUGCUAUUGCGAAGUCCCAGGAUGCUGUUGCUCAGCGUCUGUUGAACGAUAACCUGAUAGAUGUCAACGAGCGCGCAGGAGCGAAGGACUUGGGUCUUUGGGGCAAGCCGAUUGGUAUUGCUAUGGAACAGAAGAACGUCACAGUCCUGAAGUCGCUGCUUUUGACAACAGUAUCAUACCGACUCAGCCUGUCGGAACUCGAAGUGAAAGCGCUUCUGGAGCAUGCUACAAAGCUCGAAGAUAUCUCUAUCAGGUUGGAACUCCAGAACCGCUUAAAAAAAGAAGUAAUUCCUGUCAUGAGACAAGUUCGGGAGAGUCACACAUAA